CUUCUGCUCUUAUAUGAAUCUGCUUCUGAAGCUCGACUGUUUCAGAUGUUUCUCCGGUGCCAAUGGACAUCGCCAGACUACAAAAGAUCUGGAUUAAAGAGAAACUUCAUGUGUGAUUAAUCUGAGAAAGGAAGAUGCGGAAGGAAAACGGCUUGCAGUCUUUGGGAAUAAUGGCUGUGUGUCUGCUGAUGAUGAUGAUGAGGAUGAUGAGGAUUGGUUGUGUGAAGGCCUCGUCUCCUCGUCUGGCUCUAGAGAAGAGUCUCGUCUGGCCGUCCAAAGACACCCAGUGUGUGCACCUGCUCAAACACCUGCAGAACGGGGCCCGAGUCACCGUCCAGAUGCCGCCCAUCAUCCAGGGCCACUGGGUGUCCACCAGCUGCGAGGUGCGUCCCGGUCCGGAGUUCCUCACUCGCUCGUACCGUUUCUUCCACAACAACACGUUUAAGGCGCUUCAGUUCUACUGCGCAGACAACCAGUGCUCCACGCCGAGCUACAGUGUGCAGGUGCGAGGCCGUCUGCGUCUGCGCCAGCCCUCCUGGAUCGUCCGAGGCGGCACCGAGGCUCACUAUCAGAUCCACAGCAUGCGUCUGGUGUGUUACUCGGCGUCUGCGGCACGAGAGCUCGGCUGCGCUUCCUGGGAGCCCAACAUCAGCUACGAGCUGCGGAGCGUCUGCGACUGCGUCUGCGGCUGCGCACUGAACGUCUCCAUCCACGAGCUGCAGCUGCUGCGGCUGGAGAAGCAGUACCUGCAUCACAGUGUGGAUCAGCUGCUGGAGGAGCUGUACCUGGGAGACAUUCACACCGAUGCGACACAGAGGAUGCUCUACAGACCCUCCAGCUACCAGCCGGCGCUGCAGAACACACGGAAUCAGGAUGUGAGCUGUGUGGUCUGUGCAAUCAUCUCUCGCUCAGAUGAGUUUGAUCCGCCGGUUCUCCCGCCGCAGCCCGAGCUGACGGUGACCCUGAGCGGUCAGUGGGCUUCCCGCCGCUGCGAGGUCCGGCCCGAGGUCCUGUUCCUCACCAGACACUUCCUCUUCCACGACAGCACGCACACCUGGGAGGGUCACUACCAUCACUACUCUGACCCGGCCUGCAAACACCCCACCUUCAGCCUGUUCGCCCGCGGUCACUACAGCCGCGGCCCGCGCUCCGCACGCGUCAUGGGCGGCACCGAGUUUGAGUUCAGAGUGAGUGAAAUGCGCGUGAGACCGAUGGAUCUGGCGACCGUGUCUCUGCUGAAUGUGUUUAAAGGGAACAGCUGCGGUCCUCAGGGCGCGUGGCAGGUGGGCGUGGAGCAGGACGUGACUCCGACCAAUGGCUGCGCAGCGCUGGGGCUCCGCCUCCCGCACACUGAGUAUGAGCUCUUCCGAUUGGAGCGUGACGCUGAGGGCAGACUCCUGCUGUUUAACGGUCAGCGGCCCAGCGACGGCUCCAGCCCUGACCGACCCGACAGACGACCCACGUCCUACCAGACCCCGCUGGUGCAGUGCUCCGCCGCCGGGGGUCAGAGGUCAGAGGUCAGCGCCGCGCAGCGCCUCAGCAGCCUGGCAACCACAGCGACGGCGGUCUGGAGUUUGCUGUUUGCUUCAGAUUUUAGGAAUGCUUCAGAUCAGAGGGAUUUCUGACAGAUGCUGUUCAGGCCAGUACUGACCCUUCAAUAUUUCAGAUUCAUCAGAACAUACAGUGAAUUAUGAGUUUGUGUAGCAUUUUAUCUGCUGAGAUGUUUAGUGACACACUGAGACUGACAAGAGAAACACUUAAUUCAUUCCAGCUGUUCGGAUCGUUUCAGUGUGAUGAAGGAGAUUCAUCUGAACUCAGCGGAUGCGUUUUAAUCAUACGUCAAGAACUUUUAGCAUUGAUUUUUCCUUCUGUGUAAUGAUGAUGAACUACAGUGAAGCUCAGUGUUUGUUUCAGUGCUGAGAGCCAAACAGGAACCAGAAUGAGUUUUUAACAGAAUAAAAGUCUCCUGCUUUAUUCUGACACUUUAAAUCCACAAAAACUCUUGAAGUAAUGUUUUAUA